AUGCCCGACCUCGCAACCCUAUACCAAAAAGCCGAAACAGGCGACGUAAAAAGCCUAUACAACUACUGUAGAUACUAUAUCGACCAUCUAAGCGUCACAAUUGAACCAUCUACCGAAGUGUUCGUCCGCUCCGACAAUACCUUCAUCAUGAGGGACCAAUCCACACGCACGCUUCUCUGCGGCGAAGUUUCAGAAACAGAGGACCUCGAAACUAUGAAAGAAAAGCUGUCGCGGGCGCUUUUCAAAGAGAUCGGGGCUCGGGAGGAGGCUUGUACUGCUUUUGCUUUUGCGGCGACGAUGGUUGGGGGCUUGAAGGGUGCGUUCCUUGAGGUAGUGAGGUAUCCCGAUGGGGGUGUUUGGAUAGGGGUGGAGGGGCCGUUGGAGCUCAAGGGACAGGAUUUUGGUGUUCAGGAUGCCUUGAAACAGGUUCUAGAGAGGUGUUCUUUUCGUGAGGAGUAA